AUGGACGGCCCAUUAACGACAACGCAAUUCUUCUACGAUUACGGAGGAGAACCCUGCCAAAAAAUUGAUGUCCAACUCACUGGGGCACAGUUGCUGCCGCCCCUCUACUCGCUGGUGUUCAUCUUUGGCUUUGCAGGAAAUGGUCUGGUUGUUCUGAUCUUGAUAAAAUACAAGAAACUGAAAACCAUGACCGACAUCUACCUCCUCAACCUGGCCAUUUCCGAUUUACUGUUUCUCUUCACCCUCCCGUUUUGGGCUUACUACGCGGCAGACCAGUGGCUGUUAGGAGACGCCGCCUGUAAGAUCUUUUCCGGAGUUUACUACCUGGGCUUUUUCAGCGGGAUCUUUUUCAUCAUCCUGUUGACCCUAGACCGGUACUUGGCGAUCGUCCAUGCCGUGUUCGCUUUAAAAGCCAGAACCGUCUCCUGCGGCACCGUGACAAGCAUCUGCACCUGGGCCGUGGCCCUGUUAGCCUCCGUUCCCGGGUUCCUCUUCAACAGAUCCCAGAAGGCGGAGGACCGGUACAUUUGCAGCACUUAUUUUCCGACGGGCCAGGAUUUGGCUUGGAAGACUUUCCAGACUCUCCAGAUGAACAUCCUGGGACUCGCCGUGCCGCUGCUGGUCAUGAUCGUGUGCUACACGGGAAUUAUCAAAACUCUGCUGAGGUGUCGGAACGAGAAGAAGAAGCAUAAGGCGGUCAGGCUCAUUUUUCUAAUCAUGCUCAUUUACUUUCUUUUCUGGGCCCCCUACAACCUCGUCCUUCUCCUCAACACUUUCCAAAGCUCCUUUGGCCUGAACAACUGCGACAGCUCCAACAGACUCGACCGAGCGAUGCAAGUGACGGAGACUCUGGGGAUGACCCACUGCUGCAUCAACCCCGUGAUUUAUGCCUUCGUGGGUGAAAAGUUUAGGAGAUACGUUUCUCUGUUUUUCCAAAAGCACGUCGCCAAGUUCUUCUGCAAAAGCUGUCCCGUAUUCUAUAUCGAGACGGCCGAUCGGACAAGUUCCACCUACACCGCAUCCACUGGAGAACCGGAUUUCUCUGCAGGUUUGUAAAAAGGAGCCUGCAUUUUUUAGUUUUUCAAAGCCCUGCACUGUUUUCCUAAAAUUUGGAGAAAUGAACAAAAAUAAGCCUUUGGGAUGUGGACACAAAGAUGCAUUUCCCAUGUGCCUGUCAUGGUUUUCUGAACAACUUUUAGUUGCAACAUAUCUACGACAUAGCAAGGAAAACAUUUGAGUUCUCAAACGACUUUUCAUCCUCAGUAUGUCACUUAAAGGAAGAUGACUUCAAACUCUUGUCACUACUCCGCUCUUCCCCAUAUGCACACUUAAUUACAGCACUCUUUUUCCAUUCCUGAGAGUUCUUUGCAAGGACAGAAAUGGGUGAUUUUGUGCCCAAAACAAUAGCACCCCUCCUCUCCAUUCUGAGUGUGUUCCUCAUGCCCCUCCUCAAUCCAUAGUUUCUCUGGGAGCUUCUUUAAGAGUUGUAGCCCCGCACGAUGUCUCUGGCUACUUGCCCGCUGAUAUGCGUGAUUGAGUUUCCUCAUUUUCACAGCAGCCACCCUAGAAUGGGAUCGGGAUCUGAGUCUGUGGCAGAUGAACCAAAACCAGCCCUUGGAAACACCCUGGACACGUUUUCCAUGGCCAGAUUACUGACCCUGGCUCUUAAAACAUCCCUAUCAGAACCCUCCACUUGUGGCACUCCAGGGAAGGAGAUGAGAGGUGGGAUGGGAGAUAUUUGGGAGGCCAAAUGAGGCAAUUGGGCAGUGGAAUGAUUUCCAAAUCCUCAGCCCCAGACUCUGAUCUGAGUUCCCUCACUGAUCCGGGCAGGAGACAGUGGGGUUACUGAGGCAGCAUUUAACUCUUCUUCUUAAACUUCCACACCCUAUGAACCCGGGGGUCACAGAAGACGGCUUGACUGGAGCUAAUGCCCACAACUCUUUAGAAUCAGUGAAAUCCCCUCAGGGUACCUAUCUCCAGGGUCUGUAAUACUCUCAGAUUGGGGUGGAGUACAGAAAGUAUGAAACCUUCACAGCUAGAACAAGCUUUGCAGGCAAAGUGAGAGGCAUGCCAUUAGUGGAACACCCCUGUUUCAAGCCCCCAUCCAUGGGUGAGAAGUGGUGGGUGAAAGAAAGGAGUCCAGCUAGGGUGGCCACUUAUCUGAUUUUAUAUCUGGGCAGUCCAGUUUUAUCCCAGACAGUCUGGUUUUUGUCUGGUCUGCCCCCUGAACAAUACCGAUGUGGCACCAGAUGACUCUACAGCCGGUAUUUUCAUUUUAAGAGUUCAACUUCCCUCUGUCUCAGCACCUGCCUCCUAGUUCUGUGGCUCAAAAGUGGCAGCCGUAUUCAACAGGAAAAGUCAGGAAUCUCCCUCAGAAAAUGCCCAAGUUCAGGCAGACUUGGGUACACUUUCACAAAAUGCUGUGUGUGAUGUCGUUGCGUCACACUUGGCUCCAGUUGGAGUAUGCAUACAGUUACAUCAGUCUCAUUAUCCAGCAUUCACCCUUCCUCACACUGGCUACCUUAAAUCCAUCAGGUUGAGGAGGAUUUGACGGUGCGGUUGUCCGUUUGGGCGAUACCCAUUUCCUUUUGGCCCACACAAUUACAUUUAAUCAAAUGUUUUUGACCCGUUGCUUUUAGAACCCUAAUUUUUGAGUUGAUUAUAAAAGAUGGGGAAAAUAUCUCUUCAUUAUCAAGGAAUAGUUCAGAAGUAUGCAAAUCGUUCUACACACCUCCCUCCUACCUAGACUGUGAGUCCCCUGUGGGACAGGGACUGUGUCCGACCUGAUUAAUUUGUAGAUACCCCAGUGCUUAGUAAAAUGCUUGAGCCAUGGUAAGCAUUGUAACAAACACAAUAGUAAUAAAACAUAAUCCAUAUAUAAUAACAGCACCAUUCGCUUUUCCGAGGAACAUUCAGUGCCUUUCUACUGAGAGCACCAAUUCCUUUUUGGACGCUAUUUCAUUUACUCCCUCUUCUUUGACUGUGAGCCCCAUAUGGGACAGGGACCGUGUCCAAUCUACCCCAGCGCAUAGUACAGUGCUUGGCACGUAGGAAGUGCUUACAAAUCCCGUGAUUUUUUAUCCGCAUUAUGCCCUUUAAGGUUAUUGGAGACCGUGGGGAAAGAGCAGUCUCGCAGUGGAGUGAAUGGGCAGAACCCGUAUUGUCGAGCAUCCGAAGGGGAGCUUAUGGAAGAGGUUUGGAGCCAGUAGGUUCCUAAAACCCAUUCAAAGAGUUUGUGUGUGUGAAUGCGAGUUCAGAGAGAAGGAGCCACAAUACACGGUAUUGAGGGUUCCAGCUGCUAGACAGAAAAUAACCAAUCCUCUUGUCUAAAGAAAAUGGAGUUACCAUUAAUAAUCAGAUCUUCAUUAAGAAUGGUUGAUUAUCCAGAUAAUCCAUAGCCAAAAUAUACACUUAGAUUUCAAUUAUCUGGACAUUUCAGACAAAACCUUCCCUCUCACUUAAAAUGUCUCAAUAAAUAAGGCCAGACAAUUUUUUUUAUAGCCUUUCCGUCUUACUACGUGUCAAACACUAUUCUAAGUGCUGGGGUAGAUACACGUAAAUUAGUCCCUGUCCCAUACGACACUGACAGGUCAAAAUAUAAUCCGCUGGGGAAGAUAUGCCCUGGGUGGUAUGUAAAUAUGGGCAGAUUUCUAAUUGAAUAUUCACUCUUCUGUAGCAUAGGUUCAGAGAAAGUUUCAGAAAGGAGGGAGAAAAUUCACAACUAGAUGGUUUUGAUGACGAUAUAACAGGUUCAAUAGAAAAGUUUGA